CUUUAGGUCCAAUCACCCAGGACCAAGGCAGGUUGAGGAGAGUGUGGGUGCUGUAGAGGUAAGGCUCCCUGUUAGCAGUGACCCUCAGUGAGUGAAGGGGAUUUCUGGUUUUAGUGCGCUGGAGUUGUUCUCUCGUUGGCCGAGAUGUCUCACUACCUGAAAGGUGGAGUUGUUCUCAAGCAUCAAACCGUGGAGGGGAAACACCAUUACGAAGUGCAAGAUGUUCUCCAUUGCAAAAGCGCCAGCUCUCUCCUCAGGAGAGGUGACUGCUUGCUGCAGAUAAAUGAGAAAAACGCAUCAGAUUUUCCACCUGAGAUCGUAGCUGAGCUACUGCGGGAAAACUCCACUCGGUUGACAGUUUGCCGCCCUGAGCACAGUGAGGACACCCACAUCCCUGAGGAUUUGGGUGACGCUGUGUACUGGCCAUACGACAAGCAAAAGGUGAAGCUGCAGUUCAGUUUGAAGAUGGUGCGGAGCUGUGGGGGCCGGGUGGAGGAUGCUACAGCCGAGAGCUGUGAUACUUUACUGCCAGAGGGCACCGGGAGGUGGCACGGCGAAGGCAGCAAAACCUGCUGUGAAGUUCCGAGCUGCAUGCUGAGCGGCGGGGAGGCUGUGGGAGACACGUGUGCCGGCGUGAAACCAUGCGGUUUGCUGGUGGCGCUGAAUCGUGCCUCGCUCUCCAUAGUGCGGGGGCGAGGUCCGCUCUGCUCGUCGGGGGUAGUGUGCCCAGUGUGUAAGGAGAAAGAAUGCAACAUACACACCAUCGCUGUCAGUUCGGAGGCGAAAUCGGAACUGUACUAUCUGGAAGAACAGAUGCCCCCUGGUGAUUGCUGUGGGAUGAUUAUGAAAGUAAUGAACAGCGAAUACCCGUUCCUAAUUCACAACGAGAGGAACCAGUACCUCCGGCCUGGCAAUUGCUACCAAACGAUAGUGCUGAGCCAACAGGUACCAGAGUCUGCCCAGCUGACAAUCUUUUAUUACAAAUCCAACAAGAUUCUCAAACCAUAUUGUGGGCUGCCUGUUGUGCUCAAUUUUUCCAAAACAAACUAUUUCCUGGCGUGUAAGACUGAAGGGAGCAACAUCCUGCUCAGGAUAGAGGAAUGUACCUCACAGUCUCUGAGAAAGAUCACCGAGAAUAGUCCACAGUGGCGAUUCAUCUUUUACAUGAAGGAGCGGCAAGAUGGAACCCUCAGCUUUGAGUCAGCUCAGUACCGAGGGUGGUUCAUCAACAACAAAUGGAACAAGCAGGCUGCAGGCAUGAAGAGAACUGUGCACGAACCCUUAAAUGCAGACUUUAUCUUCAUCUUGGUCAAACUGUGAGGCAGCCCACUCCAGCGUUCCAAUGAGAAUGUAACUGAGCGACAGGAAUUGGGUUUAUUUAUGUACCAGCACAGUUUCAUAUCCCCACGGAGAGUUCACAUUGGAACCGGGAUUAUCCCACCACAUUGUGCCAACCGGGCACUGCCCCAUUCCGUACCUGUCACCAGGGGCACUGAUCUAAUUAACUCCGGAAUCUCCAGGGAUCCCUGUGAACACCACUGUGUCACUGGGGGAUCCUAGUGAACACCAGUGUGUCUCUGUGGGG